ACGGCGGGUGGGGUGUCUCGCGAGGCUUACAUAGCGGCACCGUGAGUAGCAGCCAUUUUAAUGGUCGAGGACUGAGUAUGAUUCUACGGCGUCGGGUAGAAUCAAGAGGGGUGGGUGUCGGCGUUGUCGUCGUGUGGUGGUCGUCGGCGUCGAGAUCAAUUUUGGGUGGAGAUGCGGCGGCUUUCGUGUGCGCCAGACGAAGCCGGGGUUUAGCCGAGGGCGCACGUUGUUUGCCGUGUUUGCAGCCGCGUCACCCUUCCUAUUGCGUCCUAGGAAGGAUACGGCAAUCCGUAUCACACGUCAAGCCCCCCGGCGAAGAUUGCCCGCGCGAUGCUGUCAUUCCGUCCACCCACCACACGCUUGCCGGGGCCUGAAGUUUGCCGCGCCCCCAGGAUCUUGUGGAAUUCGC